CCGCUCACUCGUGCUCUCUCUGCAUUCGCGCAGUAUGUCUGGAGAAACAUCGCAGUGAACAUAUUUGACGUGCAAUUGAUUUUACAAGGACAUUAAAGUGCGUUCUUAGUGAGAAAUUGAACAAAAUGACCGACGCAACGAAAUUGGUGGAAUUCAUGGAACUAGUAGGCAGACUCAAGCAUGUUAAAAGGACGGGGUGGAUACUUAGCAAAAUAACAGAGCCUGAAACUAUUUCUGGACACAUGUAUCGUAUGGCUAUGCUAUCCUUUCUGGUCGACAAUAAGGAAAAUUUAGACAAAGUAAAGAUAAUGCAAAUGACUUUGAUUCAUGACCUGGCGGAGUGCAUUGUCGGAGAUAUUACACCGCAUUGCGGAGUUUGCCCAGAAGAGAAGCAUAAGUUGGAGGAUGAAGCGAUGCAAAAGAUUUGUGAACUUCUCGGCGACAAGGGACCUCAAGUCUUGACUAUGUUCAGGGAGUACGAACAUCAACAAACUCCGGAGGCUCAAUAUGUCAAAGACUUGGACAGGUUGGACCUAAUAAUGCAGGCAUUUGAGUAUGAAAAACGCGAUGGCACGCCUGGAAAGUUGCAGGAAUAUUUUACUGCUACAAAUGGAAAGAUAAAUCAUCCGUUCGUUAAACGAUUAGCAGAAGAAGUAAACACGCAAAGAGACGCCUUAGCGAACAUUCCAUGUAACAACAAGUCAUAACCUAAAAUUUUAAAUUAGGGCUCAUUUUUCAGGUAUAUUAUACUAGCGACUCUGCAUAGUAAGGUGCAAGACUAUCUGAAUGCAAUCUGUGCAUAACUACAAAAUUUAAGAGAGCGAGGUCUUGGACCAGUAUUUGGGUUCGAAAAUAAUAGUUUACUAAAAAUAUAUAGUUGUACUACAUGCAGAUGAGGAAAAUGAAGCUUAUUGCUACCAUAAAGCUCGAAAUAGCUUUUAGUGUUAUUCCAAAUGUGAUUAAGAUAAUACAGCUAUGAUUCAGUAAGUUCAGAUUCAGCAAGAUUCUCGAACUGCUAUCUUUUAAAACCUCCGGCUGUAAGUUGAGCCUUAGCAAAGUUUUUUUUUUUCAUUUUUAACAAGAGCUGUAAUUUCCACUUUUGAAAGAAAUAUGAUCGUAUACUUUCAAUAUAACAGAUUUUAAUCCGGAUUCAGAUGUAAGAGAAUUAUUAUAGCAUUAAAAGAAUAGUGUCAGUUUAUUUCAUGUUGCGAAUCGUAUUUUCUUUGCAAUAUAACUUAUUCUGUAUUACGUUCUUUUAAUUAUCUAAUAUAAAAAAUCUUAGAGUCAAAUCCUUAUUAAUUGUACCAAAAAAACAGCUAAAUGAUAAUAAUCAAGUGAAAUGUAUAGUGAUAUUUAAAGUAUGAAGCCCCUUUUAAAAUGAUCUAUUAUAUUCGUUUCUAUUAUGGAAGCACAAAUAAACGAUAGGUAAUUAUACGAUAUUUGCGAAUAUUGCCGUGCAAACCGCGGAGAGACAACUGUGGCCAAAAACAAAAAAUUUUACAUGACUAACUGUGAGGUUUGCACGUAAGGACCAAGUAUUUUCCAUUACAUUAGAGAAAUGCUUGUAAAUAUAUCGGUACAAUUAUGUUUAUUCUACUAUAUCGAUUAAUUACUCAUUGACAGUCAAUAUUAUUAUGAAUUAUCGGGUCAUUGACUGUUAUUUUAAAUGGGUUUUUAUCAGUACAAAACUUUUUGAUUGAAAUUUUCAUAUCUUUGAACUGUUACAUUAAAGUUGAACAUAUUUUUCAACAUAGCAAUUUUCAAUAUUAGCAAUGAUUGAUGUUAUUUAUUUAAACAUAUACAGGUAUCUUCCCAUGUUACACUUGUUAAUCAAUAUCAAAAAAUUUAUGAUGGUACAAAGAUAUGAAAUUAAAUUCAUAACUCGUCAAACAUAUGAAGUACACAAACAAAAAUGAAUGGCACUUAUAUUUGUGUUCUAAAUAAAUUUUUUCAUGCAUUUACGUCUCUGGUAUAUCAAAAUUAUAGGGAAAUCUUUCAAUUCUCUAUAAAUCAAGAUUUAAAUUUGCGUUCUAUGAUUGUGGAAUUUUUCAAAUUGCGAUUCACACACAAUAUCCUAUAAUUGACUCGUUCUGUAUAAUGCAUGGUCUGACGUAUUAUUAUUUAGGAUGCAGGGAACUAUGCUUGGAAGUCGUUGAUUGACUGCGUGUUCAUUCAUUGAAAAUUAUUUCCUCUGCAGUUCUUAUUAUCGUUUUUUAGGAAAAUUUUUAAUCAUUUUUUACUGAAGUCAUUUAGACUGUAUGUAUACAUGUUUUAAAAGGAGCAGAGCAAUUUACCUCCGAAAUACUGAAUAUGAUUGAAUUGUAUUCAAUAGGUAUUGUUACAAAAUUAUAUUGCAUACAAUAUCGUGUUUAUUAAUUAAGUAUAAGAUAUCAACUCGAGACCUGGUAUUCCAUUUGGUGUGGGAUGAAUCAUUAUAAAUUUUAAAAUGAAAUAUCAGUAGGUUUGCAGGAUCCACAAGUACCUAUGUGUUACAUUUUAAGCAAUUUUAUUGUUUUCUAAUCUAUUCCAAAGGCUUUCGGUUUGUAGUAAAAAGCAGUUACGAUAUAAUUCAAAAAAUAACUUAUAUUUAUUCCGAGUAAUUGUUUUCUAUAUUUAGCAAUUGGUUUGUUUGAUAAACUUUUAUUCAGAAAAAUCAGGAAAUAUACAAUGCAUUGUCAAUCAUUGCAGAAUCCGCACAGCCUGUAUCGACUAAUUACAACUUAAACUUACUUUUUUCAGUUACAUAUGUUUCGUGUAUAUUUACAAUUUGUCGUAAUGCCAUAAUGCCAAUAAAAAAAAACUAACUUA